AAAAUAAACGCAAUGUACCAUUGUACUUUGAUAGUGCAUGGUUCGUCUUGGUCUACGCUUAAGUAAGCAAUUUUUUUUCCACCUUAGUGAAGUGACAAAUAGGUGUAAGAAAAUAAUUUUAGCCAAACAAAAUAGAAUAUGAAAAUGUUAGAAAAUUAUUAUUACACCUAGAGGUUUGUGUUGAACUCGUCGGCCAACCGCUGCCGUCCGAAUACCGUUUGACGUUGAACGUUACUUUCAAUAAAUUACUGUAAAAACUUUGGUGUUGUCUGUUGAAUUUACCAGACAAACAUGUACGUGCAAGUGAGAAUGAUGGACACCGGCGUGUCAGUCACGAUACCGACGUCGAGGACGAUGGUGGUCAAAGAGUUCAAGAAACUCGUUGAAGAAAAAUGCAACGUCUCGCCCGACAAGCAACGAUUGUUUUUCGCAGGCAAACAACUUGAAGAUCAAUAUAGAUUGUUUGACUACAAUAUUAAUAUAAACGAUGUUAUUCAACUGAUGAUAAAAGUAGUAGUUCCGGAAAUAAAUAAAUCGAACAAACCAAAUUCUAAAGAUACUAUAAAGGCAAAAAAGGAAAAAACCAAUACUGACGUAUCAACCACGAGUUCAGCUAUUGAUCAAGAUACAGCCGUCGAAGAAGACGCUUCUACCGAAUCUAAGUAUUUUAAAAUUGGUGACUACGUAGAUAUUAAGGACUAUCACUACGGCUCUUGGUUUAUAGCUAAAGUAAUAAAAAUAAAAAAAGAUCCAGCGCCUAGUCAUCAGAACAAUAAUCCAAAAAGUCCAGUCGAAAACGACGGACUCAUUUAUGUGACUGAGAUCGAUGGUUGUCCCGAAGAGCCACCAACUGAAGUUCAGCUACAAGAAGUACGACCACACGCUUACAAAAUAUUGCCUUUUACCGAACUCAAACCGGGCGAACACGUUCUCAUGAACUAUAAUGCAGAAUAUCCUAAAGAACGUGGAUAUUGGUACGAUGUGCUGGUAAAAGAAGUUAAGACCACCAGGAAAGGUCGGGCCGUUGUUGGCGACGUAUCUGUCGGUGCAGACAAUGCGGUUUUGAACAACUGUCAAUUAAUGUUUCUCGACGAUAUAUUCCAACUGGAGCCCUACAAGCUACUUUCGGAAAGAACAGCAGAGGACGAUGAAAUCAUGCAGACAAAGCCCACUACGGAAAGAGCUGGUGCGUUAUUCUGUAUCAAGUGUAAAGACGAUGAUGAUAAAAACUGCAAGGAUUGCGGAUGUCGUGUCUGUGGAGGAAAGGACAAUGACGACAAACAGUUAAUGUGUGACGAGUGCAAUCAUCCAUACCAUAUGACCUGUCUUGAUCCGCCACUGACGGAACUUCCAGAAGACGACGAUUGGUAUUGUCCGUCAUGUAAAAACGAUGAAAAUGAGAUUGUCAAAGCUGGCGGCAAGUUGAAAAAAUCCAAAAAAAAUACACCCGCGAUGACGUCGACGUCCACUCGAGACUGGGGCAAGGGCAUGGCUUGUGUUGGUCGAACAAAAAAAUGUAAUAUUGUACCGUCAAAUCAUUUCGGACCUAUCCCCGGAGUGGAAGUCGGCACUUCUUGGUUAUUCCGGGUUCAAGUUUCGGAAGCAGGCAUCCACCGGCCUCCUGUCGGCGGAAUACACGGCCGCGACAACCAAGGGGCGUUCAGUAUCGUAUUGAGCGGAGGUUACGAAGACGAUGUCGACAACGGGGACGAGUUCUUGUACACGGGCUCGGGCGGACGUGACCUGUCCGGAAAUAAACGUACAGCUUUGCAGAGCUGUGAUCAACAGUUGACGCGCUACAACAGAGCCUUAGCUCUCAACUGCAAUGCGAAAAUUGACGAAAAAGGUGCUACGGCCGCCGAUUGGAAAAAUGGGAAACCCGUCCGCGUUGUAAGAAAUUACAAGCUCAGCAAACAUUCUAAAUACGCUCCGGAAACUGGAAAUCGGUAUGACGGGCUUUACAAGGUGGUUAAAUAUUAUCCAGAAUGCGGGCUGUCCGGUUUUAAAGUGUGGCGCUUUGUUCUGAGACGAGACGACCCAGCUCCGGCUCCGUGGACCGAAGAAGGAAAAAAACGAAUGGCUCAACUUGGUCUCAAAACGAUUAUUCCGGAAAAUUACAUACCAGUUGCAGUGAACGAACCUAAAAAUAAAUUGCCGGGCUCGAAGAGAAAGAGAGCUCUGAAAGAAGCCGAAAUCGUGGAGAACGAACAGUGCAAAAGCGGGUCAGUCAGCGCUCAGGAGAGUGGAGACGACCAAGAAUGUCCGGGCAAAAAACUAAAGAUACAAUACGAACUCGAAGAAGAAGCCACUGCGCUUAUUUCGGCCGAUACGGCUAAUAAAAAAUAUUGGGACGAUUGCAAAGAAAUGUUGGAAAAAGGAAAAAAAGCGUUUUUGGACAGAGUCGAAGAAACAUUUCUAUGCAUAUGUUGUCAGGAAAUCGUUUUCGAACCGAUCACGACCGACUGUUCUCAUAAUAUUUGUAAAGACUGUCUGAAAAGAUCGUUCAGUGCACAAGUAUACCAGUGUCCGUCUUGUAGAGCCGAGUUAGGAAAGAACUACCCGAUGGACGUUAACAGUAAUUUGGCCGACACAUUGUUGUAUCUGUUUCCGGGUUACAACGCGGACCGCUGACCGUCAAUUGGAGAGAAUAAAAGGGAAAACAAAACAGUAAUAUUUUUUAUUUCUUUAUAAACUCAAAAAAAAAAAAUUCCUUUAAAAGAUUGCCUAAAUUCUUAUUUCGGAUUAAAUGUAUUGAUUUUUUUUUAUUGUAGCUAUUUUAUAAGCAGUCAAACAUUAAAAAAUGUUAUGUUAAUACAAUAUCAUAGUAUUUGUGUUUAUCUUCAGUUUAUUAUUAUUUAGUGGAUCAGUUAAUACUUAUUUAUUUCAGUAUUGAAAAGCACCAUUUGUGACAAUAAGAAUAAUGUUGAAUAAUUUUUGUACUAAGACUGAUCUGAUCCGAAUUUGGUAAUUUUAUAAUUUGAAUAACUCAAUUUUACUUUUAUUGUACAUUUAAUUCGCACUAAAAUAUUAGAUUAUAAGAGCAUCUUUGUAAGUAAUUUUUAGUGACCGCGUCGAUUGUAUUUAAUAGAAAA